AUGGUGCAAAUCAGCGAAGUGAAAGGCAACAAGCGUGACAAUCGCACAGCUGCCCACACCCAUAUCAAAGGCCUGGGCUUGAAGUCAGAUGGCUAUGCUGACAAGCAAGCUGCUGGCUUCGUUGGCCAGGUUGGCGCACGAGAGUCAUGCGGUGUCGUGGUAGAUCUGAUCCGAGCUCACAAGAUGGCUGGCCGUGGCGUGCUGCUGGCAGGAGGACCUGGAACUGGAAAGACGGCGCUCGCACUCGCGAUCAGCCAGGAAUUGGGUACCAAGAUCCCCUUCUGCCCCAUCGUCGGCAGCGAAAUUUACUCCACCGAAGUGAAGAAGACCGAGGUCCUCAUGGAGAACUUCCGAAGAGCGAUUGGCCUCAAGGUCCGCGAGACCAAGGAGGUGUACGAGGGCGAAGUUACCGAGUUGACCCCGGAGGAGGCCGAGAACCCCCUGGGCGGAUACGGCAAGACCAUCAGCACACUUCUCAUCGGACUCAAGAGCGCCAAGGGCCAAAAGAAGCUCAGGCUGGACCCCAGCAUCUACGAAGCAAUCCAGAAGGAGAGAGUCACAGUGGGUGAUGUCAUUUACAUCGAGGCAAACACGGGCGCUUGCAAGCGGGUUGGACGUUCAGAUGCCUAUGCCACCGAAUUUGAUCUUGAAGCCGAGGAAUAUGUACCCAUCCCCAAGGGCGAAGUCCACAAGAAGAAGGAGAUUGUCCAAGAUGUUACCCUUCACGAUCUUGACGUCGCCAACGCCAGGCCACAGGGUGGCCAGGAUAUCAUGAGCAUGAUGGGCCAGCUCAUGAAGCCCAAGAUGACUGAGAUCACGGAGAAGCUUCGUGGAGAGAUCAACAAGGUUGUUAGCAAAUACAUCGACCAGGGCGUAGCUGAGCUUGUUCCUGGCGCGCACAUGCUCGAUGUGGAAUGUUUCACCUACCUCAACCGCGCACUGGAAUCUCCCAUUUCACCCAUUGUCGUUCUGGCAUCGAACAGAGGCAUGACGACGAUACGAGGCACUGACGAUAUUGUGGCUGCCCAUGGAGUCCCUACAGACUUCCUUGCCCGGCUUUUGAUCAUCCCGACAACCGCCUAUGAUGCCGAUGAGAUCAAGAGGAUUGUGCGCAUACGUUCAACGACAGAGGGAGUAGCGCUCACCGACGCUGCCCUCGACAAGAUCGCUGAACACGGCGUCCGCAUCAGCUUACGAUACUGUCUACAACUAUUGACACCUUCUAGUAUUCUGGCCAAGGCCAAUGGCCGCACGCAAAUUGAUGUUCAGGAUGUUGCCGAGUGUGAGGAUCUUUUCAUUGAUGCCCGACGUAGCGCCUCGCUCCUCAGCAGCGAGGCCGGCAGCGGCUACAUCUCGUAA